CCCUAAUCGCGAACGAGCGUCUUUCUCCUCCGUCCGCGCCCGUUUGCUCAUCGGUUUUGCCUGCCGGUGGGGGACCGCCUGCACGAGCAGCGGCUAGCCAGACGUACGGGCUUCGUUUGAGGCUGGAGUCCUGAUUGGCAGGUGCAAGCACAGAGCUCGAUCGCCAUGUCUUUCACCGGCACGCAGGACAAGUGCAAAGCCUGCGACAAGACGGUCCACAUCAUCGACCUCCUCACCGCCGACGGCGUCUCGUACCACAAGACAUGCUUCAAGUGCAGCCACUGCAAGGGCGUCCUCUCGAUUAGCAGCUACUCUUCCAUGGACGGCGUCCUGUACUGCAAGACGCACUUUGAACAGCUCUUCAAGGAGACAGGGACCUUCUCAAAGAACUUUCAAGGUAAUCUACAGCUGAAUACUGUGCCCCCUAUGUUUCUGAACCCGUCCACAGCGCGUGAUGCUGUAACGCUCAACUCUGGUGCCUGAUGCAAUGCAAUGCAAUUCGGACCCUUUAAUUUCGUUGUGUUAAUUACUCAGGUGGAGCAUCUUCAAACAAGAACGACCAGGUGCGGUUCCUCAAAUCUUCUACACAAAUAUGGCUCAAAUGCUCAAUAAGUUCUAAAACUUUAUUGGCCAUGCCAUCAUCGGUAAUAGCUGACUACUUACGCACGAUGCCAAUCUGUAAAUCUCUGCAGGCAAAGGCUCCAAGCAAGCUAUCAUCUGCAUUCUCUGGAACUCAAGAUAAAUGCGCGGCCUGCCAGAAAACAGUGUAUCCAUUGGAGAAGAUGACUCUGGAAGGCGAAUCCUACCACAAGAGCUGCUUCAAAUGCUCGCACGGGGGCUGCAUCCUCACCACGUCCUCCUACGCCGCGCUCAACGGGGUCCUCUACUGCAAGAUCCAUUUCUCGCAGCUGUUCAAGGAGAAGGGCAGCUACAACCACCUCAUCGAGACGGCGCAGACCAAGAAGAACGAGGCCGCGGAGGCCGGACCGGAGCCACCGGCGGACGCAGGCGCGGCUGAGCCGGAAGCACCCGCGCAAUCGGCGUAGAACGUACAAAGAUUAGCAGCAACGCAAAGAGAAAUAGAGCCGUACGUGUCUAUCUCCUCUAUAUAUACGAACCCUGCAUCAGUAAGUAGUCGUCACAAGUAUAUGUUCUUAUUUUGUAACCUUGGCAGCUUGGUUCAGUCUGGGAUUGUAACAAGUGCAUGUUGAAUUGCUUGUUAUGUAUUAUGAGGCUUUGGAUUCAUGACGAUGAAAUGAGUAUAUGGGUGU